ACUCUUCAUUGCACUUCUGUCUGCAGCGGAAAAAUGUAGAAAUUUGAACUUCGAAUUGCAAGACGAGGAAGACAGGUCAAUUUAUUGCAAAGAUGCGUGUAGUUAUUGGAAUAGCAGCUUUAGUAUUGAUAAUUCUAUAUCUUUUUCUACUUGUUUUGCCUUUUACUUUAACUGUAUUUCUUGUUAUAACUGUUGGUUCAUUCAUUGCGUUUCACUUGUCACAAAAUCCGGCUUGUGCCUCGCGGAUCCUGACCCACGUGCGGACUUUGAGCGCGACUGCCCCGAAGUUCUGGCGGACACGACCGGAAGAGGAGGCCACCACCAGUAGGGCAGCUGAGAAGCCCUUGUCGCCAGCAUAUCAACCGAAACUCACAGACAGCAUCAAAGAGAGAGGAAAGGAAAAUAUUAUUAAUUAUGUAAGACCAACACUAAAGCCAAGAAGGUUUAGAACUGCUGUGGAGACAAGCGAAUUUCAAGGGAAAAGUCCACAUCAAACUCAACAAAAUUGGGUCCCUCUUAAAAAUUCAACAGCUGCAAACUUUUCAACAUGGAGUCCAAGGCAAGCUACUGAAGGAUUCAAUUUUUCCACAGGAUACAGCGCCGAUGACAAGUUCUCAUUCUCAAGGCUCCCAUUGUCACCAAUUUAUCCCCCUAAUAAAUCAGUAGACAGUCCUGAGUUGGAUUCUAGUACAACAAUGCUGCGCUUCAACUCUGGUCAGGAUUCCCUUCUUCAUCCCAGCAUGCACUACCCGACCCACCAACCCGACCUUGUGACCUCCCCAGGACUACUUCCUUCGGUCAACUGGUUGAAGGAUGGAGGAAUGUCCAGUCCUCGACAAAGGAAAGGGUUACCAAGAGUCCAGACUCCAGUCAUGGUCAAGAUUGCCAGUCCACUGCCCGACCGCCCAGCUAGUCCUUUAUUUAGGAGACUGGCAUCAGAGAGUGACAAGCAGAAAUCUAGCAGUACAGAUAAGGUCAUAAUGGCUAUCAGGCAGAGACAGAAGAGAACAGCUCAUGAAGUAAACUCAGAGACCAAUAGUCCUAUAGCGCCCUCUGAUGUCAGAAGUGAAUCAAAGAGGAGGAAAUUGGAUAGCACUUCUAGUAAAGAUACCGGAAGAAGCGACAUGGAUAUAGAUUUAGAUAUUAACCCCUUACCAAGGCGUAAGCAGACAGACAGGAUAUUCAGACCCUCAAGAUUUGGAAUCACGUCGCCCACACCAAGAAACCCAAUAGUUAGCUCCUUCAGCUCAUCCAAGAAGAUACAGGCUACGUUGAAGAGAAGAAUUGAUACGUCAUCAGUGGAGGUGGAAGAAGAAGAGGGUGUGUCACCCAUCAAGAAGAAAGCCCAUCCUCAGACGUCCCAGCAAUCUCCUCGUCUUCAGAGCCCCUCCAAGAGAACCAAUCCACCAUCAACCCCUGGACUGUUGGCUGGUAGAUCUGGCAGUAGGGCCCUCUUCCUGGAGAAGAACACUGGGCUGUCAGGAUCACCUAGCAAAGAUGCAGGAACCACUCCUCAGAAAUCCAAUCUGAAGGGGAAACUGUUCACUCCCAAGAGGACUUCAUUUGUUCCUAGAGUAGACACACCAGGGGAGUACACUGCUGCUGAUACCAAGGAGGACAGAGCUCAGGCAAGGCAAAGGGGCAGUUAUCUCAAAGAGAUGCUUAUGCAGGAGACCGAAGAAAACCCCUCAAAAGGUGGUGAUUCUACUGGCUCAGCUCAAGAGACAAACACCUUGUUUACAGGAACAACAGCAACAGUAGCAUCCUCUAACCCCUUGCCAACAUUAUCCAUAGCUUCUCUUACCAAGUCUACAGCUUCAACUACAAGUGCAGCACCUGCUGCUCUCUCAACAAUUGCUUCUACAUCUUCUGGGGGAACCUCUGCUCUUGGAAUUCUCUCAACAUCUACUCAGAACACAAGCAGCAAUCCUCUUUUGUCUAGUAGUGACAAACAGAAACUAACAGCCACAAGUUCAGAGAAGACUAUCAGUUUUGGAAAUUCUACUGCACAACAACUGAACUUGUCAUCCAGUGCUUCAGCAUCCUCGGCAGGAACUUUGCAGAAGUCUGGUGAGGCCUCUGUAGGUUUCAAAUUGCCAACUGCCACUUCUGCAGGGAAUUCUCUGGGGACUCGGCCGUCCUUGAGCUUGGGUGCUAAUCCUGUGGGUUUGGGUCUUAGUAGUGCUUUGGGAGGCACUCAGGUUGAUGCUAAAGCUCCAUCAUUAAGCACUAAUAACAAUGCAGUUGCUGUUCCAAGUGAUGUGAAGACAACCCAACCUAAGACCUCCUCUGCUCCAAUAAGUGGAGGUUUUGCAGUUGGUGGUGCUGCUACCAUGUUUUCAGGACCUUCAACAACCUCAGCUCCUGCAGCGUCUACUUCCACUUCAACCUCAUCCACCAAACCACAAUUUCCAUCCAUCUUUGGUGGUCUUGGUGCGUCAUCUGGAGCUCAAAGUAGUGCUGGACCAACCCCAGGAAAACCAAGUUCUCAGGCACCGGCAGGUGGAUUCCAGUUUGGACAGACUACAGUUGGAUCUACCCCAACUACUUCUGGAGGACUGUCUUUUGGUAAUUCUAAAACACCUUCUGUCCCAAGUGGAUUAGCAACACCAUUUCAGGCAGCUGCACCAACAUCUGCCCCUGCUUCCACUGUGAAUAAAUCAAUGUUUUCUAUGUCUGCUCCAAAUACAACUGCUCCGAGUGCUACACAAAAUGGAGGGCCACAAUUUCCACCCAUCUUUGGCCAGCAAACUACUGCUCCAACCUCAAAAGCAAGUGGAAUAGGUCAAGGGACUGUUUUCGGUUCCGCAACAAACCAGCCAUCUGUAGGAGCAACUGGAAUAAGCCAAGGAACUCCUUUUGGUUCCACGAGCCAGCCAUCUGUAGGAGCAACCGGAAUAGGCCAAGGAACUCCUACCUUUGGUUCUGCAACCAGUCAACCACCAACAGGAGGUUUCAAAUUUGGACAGUCUGUGACUUCAGCUCCUGCAACAGCUCCUCCUCCAGCUUUUAACUUUGGUGGAAGCUCUGCUGCACAGACACCAUCUACAACCAGUAGUUCAAGCAUGUUUGGCUCUACUCCUGCACCAUCCUUUGGUGUUACCAAGCCUGCCAGUGGUGUUGGAUCAAGUAUAUUUGGUGCAGCACCUGCUACAAACCAGACAUCCCUAGGCAGUGCUCCUCCAAACGCUAGCACCAUGUUCAGUGGGGCCACGACCACCCCACAAAAGCCUGCUUUUGGGGCAACUAGCAACACCAGCAUGUUUGGAAACUCCGCUGGCGCACCUGCAUCAAAACCAGCCUUUGGAAAUCCCACUGCAACAGUUACUCCAUUUGGAAGUGGCACAAGCCAACCACCGGCUGCCGCAUCAUCAUCGCCAUUCCAGUUUGGUGGUUCACAACCAAAAGCGCCGACACAGCCUCCUACUGCUACUGGAGGAUUCAACUUUGGAGGGCAAGCAACGCCGCAGAAAUCUUUUAACUUUGGUGGCUCAGCCCCAGCCCCAAAUAGUGGCUUCCAGUUUGGUCAGGGGCAACCCUCCGGUGGAGCUACGCCACAGACCAACUUCUUUGGCGGAGCCUCAGGUAACACAGCCAGUCCUUUCGGUGGUGGAGGUGGAUUUGGGGCUCCAACACCAGGCGCCGUGAACACCCCUGCCCCACCCUUUGGGGCUUCCCCAAGCCCAGCUCCUGCUGCUGGGGGCUUCUCAAUAGGGUCCGGAGGGGCCAACCCUGCCGCGAGCCAGAAAAGAGCAAAUAGGCUUCGACAGGUACGAAGUAGAGCUGGAAGAAGGUGAUAGUGAGCUCUUGACAACACAGAACUCUGUAAA